AGCACAGAAUUGAAGGAUGUCCAAGGUUAUAUUAAUAAAUAGGUAGUAGAAUAUCAGUAAUAGUAAUGUGAUGAUCAUUAAAAUAUGAAGAAGAAACUAAACUUGUGGAGGGUGAGGCCCAGUCAAACAUAAUGGCCUAUCUCCACCUGAAUCGGGGCUUGCCAAUGUCGAGUUGACAACGCAACAUCUUAACCAUCUUCCAUCGAAGUUUGCCCUUUGCCAUGGAGCUGAUUGUGCGAUUUUCCGAAUUUUCCGUUGCACAAUCGCCUGCACAUCGAACUGCCAGCGGAUACAAGCAAUUUGUCAGACGCGAGAUGCACUCGAGUGCAUUUAUUGUGUUUAGCGUGUCUGCAAAGUUCAGGUCGCGCUGGCUGGAAAGUAAAAGUGAUCCGGGGUUCUGUUGAGUCAUCGCCCGUGGAGGGAUCACAUGGAACCACUUAACUGGAAAUCACAGCCGAUCAUCACAUCGGAUUGGAUUGGAUCGGAUUGGAUCGGAUUGGAUUGGAUCGAGUGUUAUGAAUGGAGCCGAAACGCACUGCUCACUCGGCCCAAGGUCGAUGUGCAGGCUUCUAUGUUUGAAAUCUCUUUGCAGCCGUGUUUCUCUGCGUUUUGCUGAUACGAAUUCGAUUUUGAUAUGGAUUUCGCGAUUCGCAGUUUGCAGUUUGCAGUUUGCAGUUCGCAGUUCGCCGCACGGCCAAUGUCGUGCGUCGCUUUGCGUUUAAUUAAUAAAUGCGCGAAAAGUGGCCGUGUGUUGGCUUUGGCUGUUCGGCCACAAAACGCUAAUUACAAAUGCCGCCAAGAGCAAGUACGAGUCGCGAUUGCGGCCCAAACGGCAAUAGGCAACAGGCAAUAGGCCACAAAUCCGAGCAGCCACUACAACUCGAACAACUUCUUGACAUUUUGGUUAUGCUCAUGCGUGCAGCGCAAUUUCGACUUUGUCUGUAAUACUAAGUUGCCGCCUUUGCUGCCAAAUGCUACUCCCCGCCUGACCUAAUCGUUCUGAUCGGAGUUUUUAGUUUUUAGUUUUCAGUUUUUAGUUUUCAGCUUUUGGAUUUCAGCCACAAUGGUAGGCCUAUUGUUCUCGACUCAAUCCAAUCCACUCCACUCGUCGUCUUGGGUGCUUUAAACUCGUAGUUGCGCACACUCGAAGAGUCGUGAAAUUAAUCAAAUUUAUUGUCGAGCCCGAAACCCAUAAUUAAAUUUAAUAUAUGCAACGAAAGCAAUCGCGAUCGACGGACCGGCUGCGUGUGAAAACCGCGAGUGACGGACUGACUGAACUUAGACGUGAGUCAUCGAUGAGGUAUGAAGUAUGGCUCUAAUCGAGUUAGGCCUAUGUGAUUACUACGCAUUUCGAGUGGCUUUGUUAAUUGCUAUGACUUUUUAGUUGCACCUGACCCCUGCCAAUCCGAUUAUGGAUUCUAUAGUACACCAAUUGCAUUACAGAAAUGUAUGUCUAGUUUGUUAUUCAUUUUAAUGACACUGCAUUAUGUUUUUCUCUGCAUGAUGAUAAGGUACAUAACUAUACCUACAUACAUAUAUGCUGUGCACAGCGAUAAGCAGUACAUGGUGACCAUCUCUUAUCACGAAGCGUCAGAUUUUCUGUUUUCUUUCUUUACUGGAUUGCUUUCUAAUAUCUUUGGUUCCGAUGCAUCCAAGUCAGUCUGUUCUUGCCAGUCGGAUUCAAAAGUUGUCACAAUCGCAGCUAUGCUAAGAUCUACUAUACUUUUGGUGCUGUCUUUAUACCUGAGGUCAUGCUACUCAGCAGCCUGCGAGGUGAGUGCUGCAGAUAAGUUGUUUAGAAAUGCAAAAUAUUAAAUUCACAUCUCUCCUCAGGGAAAUGAAUGCGAUGCACAAUGUGCUGCAUAUUGCUAUGGAGUAUUGAAUCCCUGCAUGUCGAACUUGGGCAGUUUGCAGCGAAGGAUUGAGGCCUGCGAAGCAGCUGUUUCUAUUGCGAGAAUGGCCCUAAAUGACCGACGACUGCACAGUUUUGGCACUUCAAUGAACUUGCAGCAGGAAAGGCAAAAUACUUCGCAGCUACUUCUGGCACACGAUACACCCAUGGCCAGAAAACUGGAAAGGAACGAGAACGACACUUUUCAACAACUGGGAAGCAAAUACUACUACAUCGAAAAGGAACAGAAGCUAAACUGGCACGCGGCGUUGGAAAAGUGCCAUAGAAUGGGUGGCCACCUGGCCAGUCUGCAAACUCAGGAGGAGUUGGAUGGAUUCAAUAGCCAGCUGAAUGGCCUGAAUCGCUACUGGAUCGACGUGACCAGCCAGUUCAACGAAAGUGAAUUCGUGUCCGUGACCAAGGGAUCGAAAGCAAACUUUCUGAGUUGGGCGGAGGGUGAACCCACCAAAGAUGGAAAGUGCGUGGAUGUACGAACAUUCAACGGGAAAACUACCAUGAAUGAUAACGCGUGUUCCGCCCAUCUCUUCUUUAUUUGCGAGAAAUCUAUUCAAGUAUAGAGCACUAAUUACCUACAGCCCUUUUAACUUUAAUUAAGGGUAGUUUUGAGCUAUGACAUGAAGCACAUGUUUUAUAGAAGAAAUCAGUCUGAGAAGAAAUUCAAAACGAAAAACGAACAAGCUGGAAUACGAUCCAGUAUCAGAAUAUAUAAUCUUAAAUAUAUAAUCUUAUAAGCCACUAUAUCAUUACUUUGGGUCGGCACUCUCGGUGCUCUCAAGGUUUUCCAUUGGCUACAAAGAGUCUGGCAAGACGCUUCCCCCGAUCGAGAUAUACAUGCAAUACGAAUACAUGCGAUAUAGAGAUCGAUUGGCUUACGCAUGUGCAGUGGAAACCGAAGCUCGACAUUUACGCUUAAAUCAUAUUUUAUGGCUUUUCAGCUGAAAAUCGAAUGCUAACUUGUUUGUUUCGUUCUGCUUUUCAGCGGCAUUUUGGCGAUUGUUGUUGUGUUCUGCUUGUUGGCCAAUUCAAUUCAAGUUCGCAUCGGGCCAAAGCCAAAGUCGAAGUCGCAGUCGAAGUUUGUUCAACCAAGUUGAUUCGAUUGCGAUCGCGAAUUGAAAACAAAAACGUGAACGUUGCACGCACCAAGUUUACUUGUUUUUUUUUCGCUUUUUUGCCUUAGCUACGGCUGCAUAAUUAAAUCAAAAUAAUGGGCAUGUUUAUCGCUUUAUUAUUUUAACUCAUUGGGCAGUUUGUUGGCAUUUCUACAACAAAAUGUCAUAUUAUUGCAACUCUUUAAUAUCAGCAGCAGGUAGUUUUCCUAUAGUAUAACUGAAAACAAUGUGUUUAAUUGAAACCCCUUAUGAAAGCCAAUCCCUAGCUGAAUUUUCGAUAACGAUCGGUUAACAUGACAUGACAAUUUACAACCCACAUUAAAAUCGGUUAAUGUGAAUUUUUCCAUGCACGUACAACUGUCGUUUGCCAUUUUCUCUAAGCUCUUUCAGGUGCAUUAAAUUUCAUUUUCUUUGAUUCACUUCCUCUUUGCCGCCUUUCGAGCAAUCGCCGCAUGCAAACUGCAUACAAAUGUGGAUCUGCUAGUGAUUUGCAUUUGAAGUGCAAAUCGCCGAUCGCGAGCGGUAACUCAACACUCAAUAGUCAGCAGUCCGAGCAGAUGCCUUGUAAUAUCAUAUUUCUUGACUUAUUUCUGGCACUAUUACUAGUGGACUGGCCAUUCCAGGGCGCUCGAUCGCUGGCAAUUAGCACGUUUUCCCAUUUCCAAUUUGACGCCACGCGUCUCGCUCCAUUGAACACCUAUUGCAGGGUAUUUGGGUUUGGCGAUGGCGAUAACGACGACGAUGACGAACGGGCAUUGUCGUCACACCUGCUGGCGAAAUUGGCAAUACAUGUGCAUACCGGGGCUUUUCUCGGGCUCCAGCGGGGCCAAUCGAUCGCCGCUGCAAGUCAUGGAGAUGUGGAAAGGCUGCAAAGCCUGCCACUUGUGGCAAGCACAUGACUGAUCUCUUCACGUGAUUCGGCCGGCGACGGCCGACUAAUUUGCCACUAAUAGCGAAUGUGUUGCAAGUGUUUUCCGCGGGGAAAUGGCAAAAAGCAGCAUACAUUAUGCU